AUGAACCGGCUCUCGGUCUGCAUCGUAGGCGCCGGGCCCUCUGGCCUCGUCGCGGCCAAGACGCUCCUCCACAACGCGCCCAAGGGCGCCUUCCAGGUCAGCGUCUUCGACGCCCAAGAUGGCAUCGGCGGGCUAUGGCCCACGUCCAAGACGGACACGGGCCGGCUGGUCCAUCCGCUCAUGGUGGCCAACCAGAGCCGCCACACCAUGCACUUCAGCGACCUUGCCUGGGAUGCCGCCGCGCCCCAGCUCCCGCGUGCGUGGCAGGUCGGCAAGUACCUCGAGCGCUACCUGGACCGCUAUCUCACUGGCCACCCGGACUUUGAGUUGCGCUUGGGCACCCGCGUCGUGCGGGCCGACCCGAUGCAGGAUGGCCGCGCGGGGUGGCAGGUGCUGCUCAGGGGCCCCGACGGGACCGAGGAGACGCGCACCUUUCAGAGGCUCAUAGUCGCCUCGGGCUACUUUGGCAAGCCCAUCAUCCCGGACAGCCUCGCCGAGCCUGUCGCGGUCCCAGUUGUGCCGAGCAGCCAGUAUCGGGACCUGAAGAGCCUGCUUGGUGACAAACCUCGCAACAGCGGCAAGAAGAUCUUGGUCGUCGGCGGUCAGAUGUCGGGUGUGGAGAUUGCUGGCACCAUUGCGUCUCAUCUUUCCUCUGCCGCGAACUCGCCUGACCCCUGUGGCAUUCCCGACAUUGAGCAGUACUCUGUCCACCACGUCGUGCAGAGGCCCAUCUGGGUGUUCCCCUUGUAUACGACCCCCGAGCCUACCGCCGCUGCAGCCCCCUUUCUUCCCCUCGACUUCUCAUCGUACAACCGCAAUAACCGACCACAGCCACUUGUCAACACCCAAGGACACAUCAGCCCUGACACGGCCAAGGUCGUUCACGGCAUCUACGAGAAAGCGCUUGGAAGCAACCAGGCCGCCUUCUCCCCGCUAUUGCGAGUCGACGACGACACCAAGACGGAACCGCCGUACCUGGCCGUCAGCGACUGGUACUGCGACUUUGUGCGGUCCGGCUUAAUAACCCUUUCAAAGGGCAAGGUCGAGGCACUCGACGGCAACACGGCCGUGUUGUCGAAUGGCGCGGGCCGCAUCGACGAUAUCGCCGCCGUAGUUGUCGCGACGGGUUUUGACCCCUCUCCGUGUCUGGAUUUCUUUCCCAAGGACAUUCUGGACAAGCUGCGCUUCUCCCCCAAGCAUACCGAACUGCCCCUCGCCCUCUCGUUCCAUGGAACGACCUCUCAUGAUGUCCACGGCUUAGGUUUUGUCGGAUUCUAUCGUUCGGCUUACUGGGGCGUCAUUCAGAUGCAAGCCCGCUUUCUGGUUGAGCUCUGGACCAAGACUAUGCUCCUGCCUCAACCGAUGAGAAGCGCGCUGUCCACAGACGAUUCGGUGCAGCGGACGCUGGAGCUGCGCGACGACCCGCGGCUUUCUCAGUUUCCCAUGGGAGACUACCCUUGGCUUAUGCAGGAAUUUGCCGAGGCGCUCUCCAUCGAGCCGGCUACGCCGUCGUUUGCGGGCGUACCCCUGCUGCCGCAUAACAAGCAGCCGCUGGACAUGCUAACACCGGCACGGUACACAUCGUUGACAGACAGCGAGGAAGCCAAGGGCGAAGCGGCGAAGCUCAUCAGAGAUACCAUCGAUACCACAAUUACCGGCCUUACUUCGCCCAGAUUCGUGGCGCGCGCCGUGUUUCGCAGCCUGCUGGGCACGUGGAAGCUGGAACGCGACCUCGUGAGCCGGCUACCAUCGCACCCGAGCGGCCACUUUAGCGGCACCGCGCAGUUUCUCCUGCGCGAGAGAACCUCGGAUGGCAUUCAGUGCGCCAAAGACGGCACGCCGGCAUCAUUGGGCAGCAGCGAUGACGACAGCGACCAGGGCAUGGAGUACCUGUACGUCGAGGAUGGCGAGUUCAAGACAGACAGCGGAUUCGGGUUCCGGGCGACGAGGCGGUACGUGUGGCGGUACGACGAGCGCAGCGACAAGUUGAGCGUGUGGUUUGCAAAGCCCGACGACCAGAAGCGCGCAGACUACCUCUUCCACGAGGUGGAGUUUGAGCAGUCGGAGCGAGGUGGGCGAGACGCCGACGGCUGGAAGGCCAAGGCAGGGCACCUCUGCAUCGACGACUACUACGACGUCAAGUACAAUUUCGCGUUUGAGGCGGUCAACCUGCGGGACUGGAGCAUAGAGUACACGGUCAAUGGGCCGAAAAAGGACUAUACCAUCAGGGGGACAUAUACGCGAUAG